AUGCAAGUUUAUAUAAGUCUGUCUUGCUUUGCUUUUGUUGUAAGUUUGUCUUUGGGUAAUCAGCUCAGUUUCUGUAGGCCGCGUCGUGACUUGCGUUGGACUAAGGUCUCAACUCCUCUUGAUUUCUUUCCAACCUCGAAUCUCAUGUAUUCCAAGAAAGACAAUAAGUUCUACUUGCCUGGUCCUGGAGGCCACCACUUGUUGUCUUAUGAUCUCGAGUUCAACAAAGAGUUUCAUGAGCUGCAGUUUCGAAACUUUCCAGAGGCGUUCAAAUAUGACUCAGAGUUGUCUGAGAUGGUUCCUUAUUCUACCAGGACAGAUUACCUCGUGGAAUCACCUUCCGGAGAUGAACGUUUCCUCGUCAAAUGGUACGCCAAGGGAGGGUUAGCUUCCAAGAAUAUCUACUAUGACACGCAAAGGAUCAUGGUGUUUAGAGAGGAAGAGACUCUUGAGGGGAGAUUCAUGUGUUACACUGAUGACAUUGGAGAUCUCUGCAUCUUCGUUUCAAAGGGAGAGUCUUUUUGUGUCCAAGCAAGCUCUUACCCUGGCCUCAAACCGAACUCCAUCUACUUUAUUGGCUUUGGCUUAGGUGCUUAUGAUCUCACCACCAGAACUGCCUCUAGUUUCCAAGCUCCCAUAAAGGUGUACUGGAUCGUAUUGCGGCUCCUUAUUGGUUUCCUCCAUCUUCUAGUUCUAGCUAGUGCUAUGUUGUUUGCUUCGUUUGUACUAGUAUCUCGAUCUCAAACUUGCUAA